CCUCCCCUUUCGAACGAGUGUCACAGCCGGUAGAGCAUCGUUACAGUGAAACAGAUCGGACCCUUCAUUCCCGCUGAACCUUCGCCGCGCUCCCCGUCCUUGGAUCCCCUCGAGACAUCUCAAGGUGAGACAAACAGUCGAAUCAGGCGACUGAACAUCGAGACGCCGGACACAUUUGAGAUGCACUGGCUCAACACAGAUGCGUGAUUCUUUAAUUGGGUCACUGUAGUUAAAGGCUCCGCUGUCUGCAUCGUGCGUGCUCAAGACUCUCACUUGUUUCGAGCAGUAGCGCGCGGAGAAAGGAGCGGAGCCCUAUCAACAGGCGAGGACGUGGAGCGGGUAUUAAAGGGGGAUUCUGACCAACGGGAGUAAUUCCCUCGCUCAGUCACCUGUCUGCCUGAUUUUCCCUCGGCGGCCCCAGUAACGGUCGGGAUGGCGGGGAUGGAUUCGUACGUGAUUGUUAUUCUGGUCCUCUGCGCUCUAACUGCGCUGGGGAAUGGGGACGACGCGAUCACCAAAGCCCGGAGUUGUUCGGAUAUCAGGAAGUUUUACACUGGCAAAGGGUUCGGUCUGGACGAAGUUCCCCUGUCUGAAAUAUCAGGGGAGCACCUGCGAGUCUGCCCCCAAGGCUACACCUGCUGCACCAGUGCGAUGGAGGAGUCCCUGGCCAACCUGAGCCGCAUAGAGACCGAGCACCUCAUCAAGAUCUCCGGACAGAUCCAGCAGGCCAUCAUCAACGCCCACUACAAGGCCUUUGGCGGUGAGGGUGUGUUCUCUCCAUUGCCCAUGAGCGCAGAGUGUACACGUGCCAUCAUGAAGAUGACGUACUGUCCCCACUGUCGGGGUGUGGCCUCUACCAAGGCAUGCCCCAACUACUGCCUGAAUGUUAUGAAGGGUUGCCUUGCCAACCAGGCUGACCUACACACUGAAUGGAGGAACCUGCUCGAUGUGCUGGAGCAGGUCCUCAACCACAUGGAGGCCCAGGUCAACGUGGAGACGGUCAUCCUUACCCUCCCUGCUCGCAUGGCGGAGGCUGUCAGCGCACUGCGGGAGAACAUGGACGCCCUCAACCCAAAGGUGUUUCGUGCCUGUGGGGAACUGAGAGAGGGAGGAACGAGCAGCGCCGCGCAGGAGGAGGUGAAGAAAGGAGGAAAGAUUUUGGUCCCAGACAAAGUGGGUCUUGGCAACAGAGCAAUGCUGGAGAAACUGGUUUCAGGCCUCAGAGCCUGGUUGAACACAGCAGGUCAGUACUGGGUCACACAACCAGUCAAAUUCUGCCAGGAAAUGGAGUCAUUCAGUGGAGCCGUGGAUGAGGAUAAGUGCUGGAACGGCAUGACCCGUGGCAGAUACCUACCAGAGAUGAUGGGCGAUGGGCUGGCCAGCCAGAUCAAUAACCCUGAGGUGGAUAUUGACAUCACCAAGCCUCACAUGAGGGUCCGCCAGCAGAUCAUGGAGCUGAAAAUGAUGACCAACCGCGUGAAGAGCGCCAUCAACGGAAAUGAUGUGGAGUUCCAGGACACAAGUGAUGAUGUCAGCGGAUCCGGAAGUGGGCUAUGUGCUGAAGAGAACUGCCCCCGUGGCCCACGCCUCAUCCUUCCCAACACCGACUCCCCCAGAGUCUACGCCUUCCCCCCAGAGAACAACAAAGUUAGAGCCACAGGCAGCCACAACCUUCCCUGCUCCACCCUCUACCUGCUUUCAUUGGUUACACCCCUUCUCUGGCGAUAAUUGGUGGGGGGAAUCGCCCUAUCGUGACUGAGUUUGUAACUGGGGAGGUGGGAGGUGGGAGGUGGGAGGGAGGUGGAGGAGACUGGAAGAGAUGUUCAGGAAGUGGUUAACUUACUUUGCCAAAUCUCAACAAUUAUAAGGAAACAAAACAAAAAUGUAUUGACUUCCUUUUUGGUCUCUACCAGAACAAAAAGAAAGAAUGAGUAUUCCUAGAUUUUGGUUCUGUUCUCGUUUCUUUGGCGGUAUAUUUUUUACAGCACCUUUAGAGCAGGUAUUUGGCCUCCUUAUAUAGUUUGUUACCGGUGUUUGGGUUUCUCUAAGAUAUUCUUUGUGUGCACCAACAUGUGGAGAGAAAAUCUAUCAACAUAAUAGAGCAUGUGGGUGUUGGCAGCGUGGGGAAGCUUCGCAGUAGCACAGAGCUACAGCAGGCAUUUGGUAUUCCACACAUUAAAACAUCCUUCAUGUCAGACUAUUUAUUUAUAAAAUUCAGAUUCGUUCAAACCCAUCAGUGGUUUCCACUCGACAAUAAUUAUAAUAUAAUCAUUUUUCCACAAAACUCAAAUGAAAUCAAGUAUUGAUGAUUUUUCAGGAGGAUGACUGCCUCUUCUAGCAUUUUAAACUCCACGCCAGACUGUGGAAAAAUACCUUGAGCCAAAAGUGACCAAGACUUUCUGCUGACUCAUGGUGUACACUGUAAUGAAAAUCCACAAUCAAAUUCACAACCACCUCUUCUCCGUGGCACCCUUAUGAAGACUCUGGGGAGAGGUUGAGGUAGAGUGGUCUGCUUUGGAGUGGAAUCCCCACCCUACUUCCAGUUCAGUCUGGUCUAUACACACCCUACUCACCGUUCAGAUUGGCACUGUCUCCAACACCUUGCUCCAAGUACAAUACUCGGCUAAUAGUGAGAUAAGCCCCCUAAGCGUCUCUUCGUGGCAGUUAGGAAACAGAAGCUACAGGUCCGAACAGAACAUGGUUGUUCUACAGUUGUUUUUGGCCAGAUAGAGAGAGGCCUCAGCAGAAAAUAUGUUUUCAGUACAUUCCCCGUCCUAUAGUGUAGUAGGGUUGUAUCGGUCCAACCAUUCAUUUGAAAGCAGACUGUGCAUCUGCAAUGGCUGCUCUGUCCCAUUCUAUCCGGUCCUAUUCGCUGUUUUCAAGCAGACUUUUGCGAUUGCAUAAUGACGUCUGCUGUUAUUUGCACCUCAUCUUUUUAUCCUUAUUUUUUUACACAGGCAGACUUUUUUCUGUCCCCACCCCCCUUUUCUCUCUUUACUGUCUCCCCCUCCAGUCUUCUACUUUAUCAUCCUCCCACCUCCCUCAUUCCGUGGUUUCUGCUGCCUCUCUCACGACAUCACAGUAGCUCAUUUUCUCUCCCCCUCGCCCUCUCACACUCCCCCUCUUCUUUGCUUGUCAUCAGUUAGAACAACCUUCAAAGUGUCCUUGGUGUUUCUGCAUGGUGGGCUGUCAACAUGACAGUGACACAGCGCUCCAUUAUAUCCUGACUUCGUGGGGUUGUUGCCGGAAUAUUCUAGAAGGGUCUACUGAUGAGAGAUAUGCAGGGCGAAAAUAUAUACUUCAACGUGGCGGAAAGAAACGUCAAGGCCCUCUGUCAGGGGAGAGUAGAGCGGUGCAUGGGACAUGAGGGCGGGGUGUGUGUGCAACUUUGAGUCAUGUUAGUCUUUUUUAGAAAUGAACUGGAUUUUAUUCAUUGAAGCAAAGCACACAGUACAGUAUUAACAUGUUUUACAAGGAGUAUGUAACUGACAUUACAUACAUUCAACAUAGUAAAAAAAACAUCUCAUUUUACUAAAAUAAUAGAUUUGAAUCCCCUCUGAGUACUUCCUCUGGACUGAGAAGGCCUCAUAAUGCCGGACGUGUCUGUGUUGCCUGCUUUUGUGGAAAACCCAAAUUAGAAGUGCAAUCAAGGGGGAGGAAGAAGAGUGCAAGGUCAGCAAAGAGUCAGAUUACCAGGAUGUUAACCAGGCUUCUUCUAUGACAAAGCAGCAUGUCCACUGUGCUUUUUGAAACAGCAAACAGGAAAUGUCUCUCCUAUUUCGAAUGAUUAGAGCAAUAACAUGAACCAAUCAGCAUAGCAAAGUUUCAGAUGUCAAGCGAUCACUCAAGGAUUUGUAUUCCUCCAAGGUGCUUUUGACGCUGAGCCAGUGAUCAGGUGAAGAGUGUAGCCUGUAGCGCCUCCUGCUGGUCUACCGGUGAUCCCCACGCUGGGAUCAAACUCUCUGAUGGCGACACUCCAACUUCAUGGGGACCUGCGAUUUUCAGCUCAUCGACUUCCUCCUCCGAUGGUCGUGGUACUGGACGUUCUGUCACUGCCCACAUUCUGCACACCGUCCCCCUCCGCCCCCCACUCGCUUUUAAUGCUCUGCACUUUUAUUAUGAACGAAUGCACAAAACCAUCGCAAGCCGGGGAUAGUUGGGCCCGAUGUCCUUCUGAGAUUUGUGUACAUACAGGAGGAAUAGGGUGUAGAUCUAACCCCUACCCUCCUCUUUCAUGCGUUGCCAUGAUUUGCAUCCCCCAUUCCCCCACCCGUUUGCAGGGGGAAGACAAUGCAGACCAUGCAGUAGAUCAGAUAGACUGAUGGCAAACCUCCAUCCUCCCUGAGAUUAUAUGGCUGGCAUUUACGAAAGGUGCCAAUUUAAUAAAUUAAAAUCUAUUGUUCUUUUUUUCUAUUUUAAUUUUGGAAUAUUGUUUUCAAAAGCCUGUGGUGAGUUGUGAUUUGUGUUGAUGGUGAUGCUCGCUGCCAGAAAGAAAUUUAUAAAUAUAGAAUGUGUCAUUUGCUGUUGUUUGUUCCUGAAACUUUGUGUCAAUUAUAUACAAUGUAAGAUUUUCAAGAA